AAGAGAUGAAGGACGGCUUAGCCGUCAUCGCCAUGUCUGAGGACAGCAAAACUCUAGAUUCAUUUCUCAGGUUUUGCUAUCCAUCGAUGCUGGCAGAGGAUCCUUCCUUCGACAACCUGACAGAUGUCCUCUCUGCUCUGGCGAAUCCCAAGGUUCUUGAGACAGAGUCCCUUCGCUGCUUCGCUAUUGCCAGGAAUGCAAGGCUCAAAGAUGAAACCAUCAUCGCUGCCAAGCACUCCUUACGACAACCCUUGAUUCCAGCGUGGUUUGGAGAGAUCGAUCUUAUCACCGCAUCCGACUUUCUUGCCCUGCUAACAUAUCAUAAAAAUUGCACUAUCGCCGUCCACGCUUUAAUGAAGGACUUGCAAUGGAUUACAGAUCAUUAUGGUACUCAGAGUGGCUGCAUUUGGCUAUUUGAGUACUGCGGCUGCGGAUUGGCUACCGACAAAAGGUUUUUGCUCUGGGGUAACGCUCCAUUGUUGAUGGAUCGGCUGUCCGGAGAAACUGUAAGGACAGCAGCAGAGAAGACAACCGCAAAGGUCAGAAGUGUCACGAACUGUGGCGCUUGCCCUGGCCGGGUGAAGGGGAUCAUGGCAGAGUUUAGCGACUUGCUUUCUCGGAAAGUCGAAGAGGCUGUCGCUCCGGUAUGUAUCUCGCUCUAUAUCACAGACUAAAUCGCGCUGAAGAUGGACUUUUGACU